CAGCAUUCCCGUCUCUGAUACUUGGCACGUUAGCACACGUCAGUACGGGCUGGUGCUCUCUGGGUUAUGCGUAGAGAGUUUACCAGUCGUAGGGACAGUCUAACCUCGUUUGGCGGGAACUGCUGAACACAUAUUUCCGCCGAAUCAGCUAACGCGUCGCGAGGUAGCACCGCGUGAACUCUUUCAGUCCGGACGACUUUUCCAGAGUUGGGUAAAUUUCCGUGUCCACUACAUUAAUUUGAAACCAUGUUAGGAAGGAAUUCAGGCCAAGAAGGCAUAGGAUGGAGAGAGCAGCGAGAUCCACGUCAGCAUCAUCAGCAGCAGCAGCAGCAGCGUGGAGAAGUUUGGAUUUCGGAUCCACGUGUGUUUCGCCACGAUGGCACGUCGCCGUUACCGCUAGGCAUGGACUCCUCCCCGCCGCCUGCACAUUGGGCUGGUCGUCGCACCACGGUGUGGCCGCACGUGCCUGACGGCUGCUGGGCUUUCUGCACCCUCAUCCCCACCUGGACGCCUGCUUACCCUCCUGGCUCCACUGGCGCCACUUCCGCUGCUGCUGCGACAAUAGCAGCCGGAGCCAGGCUGAGGAGCCCAGGAGGGGGAGCAGGGGGGAGCGGUGGGCCCAGCAGUGGCCAGAGUGGUGAUCUGGGCGCGUCUCUGGUCUCUGCGUUCUUUCCCAAGGCGUCUGAUCCGGCUCCUGUUGUGUUCUUCCACGUGUGUGUGGGAGUGCGAUCACCCCGAGGCAUUACCUCAGUCACUCGUGUUCCCAGGAGAUUCUCCGAUUUUAUUAAUCUCUACAGCAUGCUGCUUCGCUCCUUUGAUCGCCGUCGCUUGCCGCCCCCUCCGCCGAAGCUGCCGCUGCAACGGGUGUCCACCGACAGUCACCGCCUGGAGCAGCGGCGCCACGCCUUGGACGUGUGGCUGAAGCAGCUGCUAGAGGAUGUGGAGGUCUCCCGCUCUCGCCCCAUGGCCGCUUUUCUAGAGCUCGAGAGGGUUGCCAGAGCAGCGGCCUUGGCAGAGGACGAGGUAGACGGGGAUGGAGAUCCGGGGAAAGGGGAGCAACAGGAGGAGGAGAACGUUCUCGAAGCAUCAGCCCGUCGAAGACGGGCAGCCGGUGCAUCUGGUGUGAGCACAGCAGGCAGAGGAGCAACAGCAGGAGGAGGAGGAGCUGGAGGAGGAGUGGGAGGAGGAGGAGGUUUAUUAGCCGGAGAAGGAGGGGAGGGAGAGGCAGCAAGCGGGAGCGGAAGAGGAAGAGGGGUCCGGGAACAACCUGCAACCGCAGCAUCAGGAGUAGGGGGAGGCGGAGGAGGAAGGGCCGGGGUGGGAGGCCUAAGCUUGUGGGGCUUUGCCAGUGGAUUGGCGACUGGUGUGAAUCCAAAGAAUGCGGCAGCAGCUGGAAGUGAUAACGCGGGGGGUGAUUAUGGAGGGAGUGAGUCUGGGAGCGGGCUGGAGUACCACGAUGGUUCGCGCAUGGUGGCUUUCACUCGGGACUUCUCAGACGCCUCUUCUGUUGCGUCCUCUGCUGUCACUCCUUCCCCUCAUCCCGCCUCCUCCCACCCCCUUGCCUCCCCUCACCCCGCCUCCUCUCACCCGCUUGCCUCGUUCGAGGCGACCCCGCCAAUCAGAGAGCACCGAGCAGCAGAGGGAAUCAGUUACGGGCAGUCGGGCAUGAACAGUGUUUCACCUGACAAUGCAGCAGUGAACAGUAUUGUUAUGAACAGUGCUGCUGUGAACAGUGCUGCUAUGAACAGUGUUGCCAUGAUCAGUGCUGCUAUGAACAGUGCCCCUGGGGCUAGUGACCAGCAGCAUCAGGUAGAGACCGGCAGCCUUGUUCCAAGUGUGGAUAGUGCAGCGGCAAUGAAAAUGGAAGUUGAGGGGCCUCGAGGAGAACUGCAAAGUACGGGGGAGCAAGGGGAGGGACGGGACAGACGAGUAGGGCAAGGAGAGGUGUUGGGAGGAGUUGAGGUGGGAGAGGGACGUGAUACCGGAGGGGGUGGGGAAGGUGACGUGGUGAGGGAACGCAUAAGCGGAGAGAGGGAGAUGGGGGAGAAGGAGGAAAGGUUGCCAGCACAUACUAGCUUAGAGACACAUAAUGCUGUGAAUAUGCAUGCAGGAGUGCCACCACCUCAUCCCAACAUGCAUGCUACCAUACAUCCUGGGGAUGCAGAGCUCAUGGAGGAGAUAGUUCAAGGCGUUUCUGGGCAGGUCGCGCUCAGCCUGCCCGAGGAGAAACGGGCAGCCGUGAAAAGGAUUCUGAUUGGCCUUCGGCGGCGGCUGGCAGCCGCCCAAACGGACAUGGGCGAGCUGAUGGAGCGAGUAGCACAGGAGACAGCAGUGAAAGAAUUCUUGGCUAGUAAGGUGCGGGGCUUGGAGGCAGAGCUUGAUGCAGAGAGGAGGAAGCUGCGAGCUGAGGUGGCGAGGGAGGUGCGGGAGGAGCGGGAGCGACAGCUGGCAGCGCAGUGGCAGGCGGAGGAGGAGCGGGCUGCCCUGGGUGAAGCAAGGGAGGCUGUGGCACGACUAGAGGCUGAGAAAUCGGAGCUACAGCAGCAGCUACAGCAAGCUACAGACAAGAACCAGAAGGCGCAGCAAGAGAAGGCUGCUGAGCUGGCAGCGGUGCGGGCUGCCGAGGCUCAGGCUCGGGCCGAGGCAAAGGUGCUGGCCCGGGAGGUGAAGUCGCUGCGGCACGCUGUCGCCGAAGCUGAGAGGAAGAGACGAGAUGCAGAGGGGCGGACCGCUGAGCUGGAGGCCCACAAGGAAGCCCGUACUGCCACACUGGCAGCAUGGCAGGCCAAGGCUGACCGUUUCCUGCACGAGGUGCGGGUGCUGAGGCAGAGAAUGAAAGACGCUGCGGUGGAGAGGCUUGCUGGGAGUGAAAGGACACGUGGGGGCGAGAGCAGAGGCGAACAUCGCAUGCGGGGAGGUGACUGCGAUGCAGGCGUGCUGCAGAAGCAAGCAGCAGCAGCAGAGAAUGUGGGAUCAGCAGCAGCAGCAGUGGGACCAGCAGCAGCAGGAGCUGGGGCAGAAGCAGGAGUGCAGGAGGAGAUGGAGCUGCUAGUGACGUCAGACAGACGCCUUGAGCUGCUGGCGGCAGAGGCUCGGCUGCUCAAGCCUGGGGGCUCGACUGCUGCACUCGACAGCAGGGAAUUCGAUACUAGUACAAGCCAAUUAGAUGAUAGAGACAAUGUACUAAAUGGUUCACCAGCAGCAAUGCAACUAUCUAGUGGCAGUUAUAAUGAAGCGCAGUCAGAGCAACAGGGGGGGGAUGAGAGUGGUGUUUUGAACCGGGUUUAUACGGUGGAUGGUGCUUUUCGUCAUGUUGUGGGUGACUUGCUAGAGGACGAAGCAUCGCUUAGGCGCAGGGUGAAUGCGCUGCUCAGGCACGCUUAUCUCACUGCUGGCAGUGGGGAUUAUGCGUCCGUUACAGACUUGUGAUUUGUAUCAAGAAUGUAUACCUUGAAUAUGGGAGUAA